AUGAGGGAACCAGGCCGGGGAUCGCGACAGUGGCGAGCAGUGGCGGUGUUGCUGCUCAUAAAUAAGGACUGUUCUCCUGUCUUUCGAAUAUCAUUCUAUCUCUAUCUCUCUCUAUCACUCUAUCUACUCCUACCAAAUACUCUACCAACCAUCACAAUGAAGUUCAUCGCUGCCUCCUCUCUCCUCCUCGCCGCGCUCGCCAGCGCCCAGAACAUCGACGACAUCAUCAACCAGAUCUCGUCUGGCGCCGAGGGCAUCCCCGACGAGGCCACCAGCAUCUACAACUCCAUCACCGAGUCCGGCGGCGCCAUCCCCACCGAGGCCUCCUCCAUCCUCUCCGAGGUCUCCGCCAGCGGCACCUCUGCCCUCGACAGCCUGACCGGCUCAGACAGCAGCAGCGCCUCUGCCACUGGCAGCUCAAGUGGCAGCGGAAGUGCUUCUAGCAGUGGCAGCGGCAGCGCCAGUGCUACCCCUACCACCUUCACCUCUGCCAUCACCACCACCGACGCCGAGGGCUCCACCACCACCACACAGGCGACCAUCACCAGCUCCGUGGCCCCUGAUGCCUCCAGCACCGACUCUGGUGACGACGCCAGCCCCACGGAUGACGGCGCUGCCUAUGCUACCCCCUUCAUGGGCGUUGCUGGUCUCGUCGGCAUGAUGGGUGUCGUUGCUGCCCUGUAA